AUGUUGUUGAAACGAGUGUUGCAACACCUGCAGGGAGAGAUUCUCAUAGACGCUCAACAGAAGGAGUUGGAGGGACUCAAGUUGAAAGACUUGAAGGCAAAAAAUUAUCUGUUUCAGGUCAUUGAUCGUUCUAUCCUGGAGACUAUUCUUUGCAAAGAAUCAUCCAAAGAUAUUUGGGAAUCAAUGAAGAAAAAGUAUCAAGGCUCUUCCAGAACAAAGCGUGCACAACUUCAAGUCUUGAGAAAUGAAUUCGAGAUGUUGCAAAUGAAGGAAGGUGAAUCUGUGACUAGCUAUUUGGCCAACAAAAUGCGGUUCCACGGUGAAAAGAUGGAGGAUGUUGUCAUUGUUGAGAAGGUAUUGAGAUUUAUGGCACCUAAGUUCAAUUAUGUUGUUUGUUCAAUUGUAGAAUCUAAAGAUGUAGAUACGCUCUCCCUUGAUGAGCUACAAAAGGACGAGGACGAGGUCGAGGUUGGAGUAGAGGUACAGGCCGAAGCACAGGCAAAGGAAGAAGAUAUCAAAGCAACAACAAUGGUGGUGCCAACCAAUCUCAAGGCAGAGUCUGAAUGUUACACCAAGCUAUCCCACAACAGAGAUAAGGAAGAGACUUCACAUUUUGUUGAAAAAAAUGAAGUCGAAACACUAUUGAUGGCCACUCAAGAUAGCAAGGAACCAGAACCCGAUAAUUGGUACGUUGAUACGGGUUGCAGCAACAACAUGAGUGGGAGUAAGUCUUCUUUUUCUCAUCUAAAUGAAGAUUUUCAUUCCACGGUCAGUUUCGGUGAUUUAUCUAUUGUAAAAGUAAUAGGAAAAGGGGAUAUAAAGAUAAAAACUAAAAAUGGCUUUGUGGAAACGAUCUCCAACUUCUUGUUUGUUCCUAGUUUAAACAGUAAUUUGUUAAGUGUUGGUCAAUUACUAGAAAAGGGUUAUGUUAUUACUCUUAAAGAUGAUUCUUGUGAAAUUUAUGAUCCUAUUAGAGGAGCUAUUGCAGUAGUUCCUAUGUCUGCAAAUAGAUUGUUUCCUUUGAAGAUUGAAAGUACUCAACCUUGUUUAAUGGCUGAAAUUAAAGAUCCCCUCAUGGUUGUGGCAUUUUCGCUAUGGCCACUUGAGUUUCAGUGGUUUGAUGACCUUGAAAAAGAAGAACAUGGUCAGCGGUCUUCCUUAGAUUAUUUCACCUACUCAAGUAUGUGA